AUGGAGUGUUUAACAUCAUCAACAAUACGAGGGGUAGAAGUUACAUGUUGGGUGAUGGAGCCAAACAAUACUACUAGUAAUGAUGACCAGAAGCCGGUUGAUGAUCUCUUUACCGUUCACCUAUCGUACCAAGAAGACGGCCUCGACGACGUGAACGUGAAAACAAUACAUGUGAGUUUAGAGUUGAAGAGAGAGUCCACUUAUUGGGAAUGGCAAGAUGCCGUCAUGAAUUGCCUCAAGGAUAAUGAUGUUGAAAUUAAUGCUUGGGAUUAUAUUGUUGAUGUUGUGGUACAAAGUUGUGAGAUCAUGCUCGAUGAUGUUCGCGAUUCUGGCCGUAAGUCACUUGUUAUGUACGUCAAGGCCGAAGUGUACCAUGUGGAUGACGAGGAGGGUGGGGAUGAUCACGCGUACGACGACUAUGAUGAUGAGCCGAUGGAGAUGGAAGAAGUGGAGGUUCCUGGUCUCGAGGAGGAGGAAGAGGAGCCUAUGUACUUGGAUGAUACCGACAAUGAGGAGAUUAUUGAGGUUCGAAGGAAGACAUACAUAGAAUUUUGUCUAGAAGCAAGUGGAGUAGGGUUUUAUGAUGGAUAUUCAAGGGCUAAGGAGAAUUGCUCAAUAUGUUUAGAGGAGUUUGGGAAGUCGGACAAUGUGGCGAUGCUUCCUUGCUCUCAUGUAUAUCACAAGAAUUGCUUUCUUGGUUGGAUAUAUAAGAAAAAAGAAACAUGUCCGUUAUGUCGAUCGAAGUUAUUACGUGUUAAUUGGGGUACUUUCAAAUAACAAAGGGAUAUAUAAUUUUG